UUCCCCGGCCCGCUGUCUGCGGCCGGCGGGCAGGCGACUCCUGUCCAGAGUGGAGGCGGCGGAGCCGGAGCCAGGGGAGGGGGCAGCGGCUGUCUGACGGACCGCGGUGGCGCCCGCAGCUCCUCACUGGUACACACGCUGCCACUCACAAGAGCACGCUUCCACUGCCAGCCUUACCGUCACACUGCCGUACAGCCAUUCAGACAUUGCUGCACCUGAGAGCAGGUGGCCGCCGGACCCUAUUCCUUCAUUCUCCACACCUGGGGAUCAGGUCUAGCUCCUGCUGCACCGGACAGGCCUUGCUGGGCUAGUGCCUCUGAGAACCCGAGGAGGUGGCUUCCAGAGCUGCAGCUUUCCAAGCAGGCUCCGGUGGAGCGAUCAGAGAAACAAGGAGACAAGUGCCGGUCCAGUGGCUGUGAUGGGAAAGGAUUAUUACAAGAUUCUUGGGAUCCCAUCGGGAGCCAACGAGGAUGAGAUCAAGAAAGCCUACCGGAAGAUGGCCUUGAAGUACCACCCAGACAAGAACAAAGAACCCAAUGCUGAGGAGAAGUUUAAGGAGAUUGCAGAGGCCUACGACGUGCUGAGUGACCCUAAGAAACGAGGCCUGUAUGACCAGUAUGGGGAGGAAGGCCUGAAGACCGGCGGUGGUUCAUCAGGUGGCUCCAGUGGCUCCUUUCACUACACCUUUCACGGGGACCCCCACGCCACCUUUGCCUCCUUCUUUGGUGGCUCCAACCCCUUCGAUAUCUUCUUUGCCAGCAGCCGUUCCACUAGACCCUUCAGUGGCUUUGACCCAGAUGACAUGGAUGUGGAUGAAGAUGAGGAUCCAUUUGGCGCCUUUGGCCGCUUUGGCUUCAAUGGGCUGAGUAGGGGCCCAAGGCGGGCCCCCGAACCACUAUACCCUCGGCGCAAGGUGCAGGACCCACCUGUGGUACAUGAGCUGCGGGUGUCCCUGGAGGAGAUCUACCACGGCUCCACCAAGCGCAUGAAGAUCACAAGGCGGCGCCUCAACCCUGAUGGGCGAACUGUGCGUACUGAGGACAAGAUCCUGCACAUUGUCAUCAAGCGUGGCUGGAAGGAAGGCACCAAGAUCACCUUCCCCAAAGAAGGUGAUGCCACACCUGACAACAUCCCUGCUGACAUCGUCUUUGUGCUCAAAGACAAGCCCCACGCACACUUCCGUCGAGAUGGCACCAAUGUGCUCUACAGUGCCCUGAUCAGCCUCAAGGAGGCGCUGUGUGGCUGCACUGUGAACAUUCCCACUAUUGAUGGCCGGGUGAUCCCAUUACCCUGCAAUGACGUCAUCAAGCCAGGCACCGUGAAGAGACUCCGUGGGGAGGGCCUUCCUUUCCCCAAGGUGCCCACCCAGCGAGGAGACCUCAUUGUCGAGUUCAAAGUUCGCUUCCCAGACAGAUUAACACCACAGACACGACAGAUCCUUAAGCAGCACCUACCCUGUUCCUAGGCUCUGCCCCAGCCAGCCCAGAGUCUACCACAGCAAUACCCCCUACACUCACCCACCCAAUGUGCACCCAGCUUGAUGUCCACUGGACACUGGCAACUUUUUCUAAAAUGCAAAAAAAAAAAAAAAAAAAAAGCCACUGGAUUUCAGGAAAAUGUUCCUGUCCCUGACCCCUUUCAGAGCUGGGCUGCCUUGGGGAAGUGGGUGGGAGGUGGGGAGAGCUAGCCCAG